ACGUGUAAAUCAAUUAUUAUACUCAUAAACGAAGUGCUUCACGCAAAAGUACAAAUGGCUUUCAGAGCGCUAUCCUAAAUUAUACGAGAAAUGCAAUGACGACCUGUCUCCAAUGAACUUUUAACUACCGUUCAAACUUCCGCUCUUGAAUCGGCAUUUUAAAAUAUUACAUACUUCCAAAGUUGUAUUCCUACGAUGGUAAACAACAUGACUCACUAAGCUAAAACACCGGCACCGGCUUCCAAAAUACGCAUUAUGCAUACUGAUGAAGUCACUUUUAGGAAAGGUGUUACUAGCGGUUCCAUCUUGUGCGGUUGUACUUCAAUCACAAAUCAAAGACAAAAGGUUUCUCAAGCUUUGAGGUGCUGAGAAAAUUUGUAUGCAGUUGCACAUGGGAUGGGAGAUUGACAGACGAACGAGCAGAAUGCGGCCGCCAAACUCACCAAUUGUCCAAUCAAUCGGUCACGUGCUCAGUUGCACUGCUUGCCGCCGAGCCAAGAAUCACGCGUUAUCACCGGCACGAAGGCGACGCGCUCCUAUUGGCUAUUAAAGGUUAUUUGACCAUUAGCGACAGUGAAUUUUUGAUUGGCGCUACGCGUCGAUAUGGUAAUGAUAGCUUGUAAGCUGCAUGUAUGUCGUUAUGACAGGGGUUUCACCUGAGUGCGUUAUGCUGAAUACUAACGCGAUCAGCUCCUUGGAGAUCAUCACGCACAUCGAACAUAUUUGAAACGAAAAGUGUAUAAAAAUGUCGCCAUCACAUGUGGUUCAUUGUCAGUCCGUCGAGAGCUGAGCAAUAGAGCAGAAUGCGAUUGUUUGUGCUGUGUUUGUUCUUGGGAGCUGUGACAGCUGAAGCUCCAUUUGCUGGAUAUGCUCCAUCCGGCUGGCGUCCACAGGGAGCUCAGUUUAGGCUCCCUACAGAAUAUGGAGCCCCUAUUGUUGAACAGAAAGAGGACGUUCAGAUCACCAAAGAAAAAGUUGCUUUUGCAGCCCAAGUCGUAGAAUCAACGGUUGAAACUACCACUGAACAGAUACUGAGCAACGAAUACCUUCCUCCUACCACCACAGAACAGCCCGAAUUGGAUCCAAUUCGCGUCCAAGGGUUGCCAGAAAGCCAAUUCCGAGACUUUCAGAAACAAACGCAGCCCAGCAUUUCGGUCAAUGGACAAUUGCGUUUAUCGCCUAGCAGGAACAUCCAAUUUGGACGGCAGCAACAGGCACAACCUGUUCGAACAUAUGGUGCACCGGAGCAAGAUGACAACAAUUCAGAUAUUCAAAACUUCCCAGAAACCCAUCAAGAUCGUCAACUGCCUCUAUUCCCGCAAAAUGGGCAACUUCGGGCUAAUCCGGCUAAAAAUGUCCAAUUUAGCCGCCAAGAACAACCCCAACCAGCCCAAACUUACGGUGUACCCGAUCAAGAUAAUUCAAAUUUACCAGAAGAGCAAUAUCAAGAUGCCCAGCAAUCUUUUGGAGCCAAUCAGGCUCCUCAGCAACCGUUUAUCGCUUUGAGUGGCCAACUCCGUGCGUUCCCGAUUAACAAUUUCAAAUUUGGUCGUCAGGAGCAAGCUCAACCCACUCAAACCUAUGGUGCCCCAGCAGAUAAGGACGGCGAAGAAUCUUCAAACGAAGAUUUGCCAGAAGAUCCAGAACCAACCGAAGUACCGAGCUCUGAUAACGAUGAAGCCGGUGAUCAGGAUGAGCAGACUCCAAACGACGGUCGCACGGUUAUUGCCGUGGCCAAUUCGUUCGCCGGUCAGUACUAUGUUCUCGGUCCGGACAACAACCUUCAACGGGUCAUGUAUGCAACAUCGCAAUCCGAUGACGACCGCCGUAACAUGGGCUUCACCGCUCAGCUUCGUUACUCUCAGGUUGAGCCGAUUCGAGGACCUGUCUAUGCUUACAACGAGCAAGGUCAACUGGUCCGUAUCUACAAGUAGACAUCCAAUGAAUAGGAAGCGUCGCGACAAUACAAGUGCACGGUCAACGCAAUGCCCGCAAAAGGUUAUUGGAUAUUCAAAUCACGACAUCGCAAUGUUUCGUAUCGCACCCGUUCGCAUCGUUCACACCGCCCAACGCACACGUGAGGGCGAUUUAUUUAUUUAUCGUUCUUAUAAUUUAUGUUUGAAAAGUAAUAAAAUCGAUGUUAUGCUUUCGGCAAUGGUUCAAACUUAAA